AUGGUCAAUUAUAGCUUUGAAUUGCUGGAAACAAUCUUGUAUAUCCCUGAUACUGGCUUUUAUCUUUUGGAACAGCAUUUGAACAGACUUGAGAAUGCCAUUGAAGAUUUUCAAAAACUUGAUUCAACAUUAUUCGCUACGAAGGUCUCAAGACAGACUGUAAUUGAUCAUUUGAACAACAAAGUACCACAUGAUGGCAAUUAUCAGCGUGUGAGAUUGCUCGUUGGCACAGAUUCUAGAAUAACAGUCGAGCACACACAGUUACCAGCACCAAUAUCAUCCUUCGAAUCAUUAGAGGAAGCAGCCGCCUCAAGCCCCAAUAUUAGCGUCGUUUUGGAUUUAGAAUCUUUUGAUUUAGCAACUGAUGAUCCAUUCAUUCUACAUAAAACGACUCGACGUGAUAUGUAUAAUUUCUCCAGAGAGAGAACACACUGUGAUUGGCAUGCAACUGCCCAGGAACCGUUUGAUGUUGUAUUAUGGAACAAAGAUAGAGAAAUCACAGAGACAAGUAUCACGAACAUUGCUAUUCGAUUCUCAGUAGACGGUAAAUAUGUAUGGAAGACACCUAAAAUUGAAUGUGGCGCCUUGCCUGGUGUAUUCCGUACGUUUCUCUUACAAAAGGGGGAGAUGGUGGAAGAUGUGAUUACAGUUCAAGAAUUGGUCGAAGCAAACAAGGUUUUUAAUACAUGA